UUGGCUUGUGUCGUACCGAUCGGGGAGUAGCACAAUAUACAAACAAUAUCAAUUCUGUAUGUACUGAGAAUUCAACAUGAAGGACGUGCUGUUAUUCGUGGCCCUGUUUGUUCUGCUUUUCGUCACGUGCUACGGGACGACUCCUGCACCAAGUACCGACACCACCCAAUGUUCACUGACCGUGUGGAACCGGGAAACGCUUGAAAACGUCACCAAGACAAAGAUAAACGUUAGAGAAGGAGCGAUGGUCUCCCUCUCCUGUGAGUACCGGUGUCCGGGGGCCGAGGAAGUAGGGUACCCACCCCGGAUAGAAUGGCUUGGACCAGGAUACACCAGGAUCAGGUCCAAUAGGGGCAGGAUGUUUGUGGUAAAUGGAGAGAGCCCCAGGAUGAAGUUACUGUAUGUCCAGUCUGUGAGUUCCGAAAAUAUCGGGGUCUACACUUGUCACGUCAGGGGCGGCCUGUCCGUGCACGCGCAGCUGGACAUGGAAGUACAGGCUGAGGAGUUUACCAACCUCGAUUUGAGUAGAGGGGAGGAUAAGAGACCAGACGACAUGUUUUAACAAUUCAGCAUCUUUCAUUAUCACCGAUACAGACACAACCUUUUUUUUUCAAAAUUAUACUUUUUAAUGUGUUAUUUAAACAGUAUAGAAUAAAUGUACAGAUAUUUGCCGAUUCUAAACUGAAUUGCCCAAGGACAAAAAUGUCACAAAAUGGAUAUAUUGUUGCACCAGAUCAAAGUUCUGUAACCAAGAUUUUAAGUUUUUGCCCUCAAUUUUUAUUUUCAUUCAUGUCAACGUAUAUAUGUUUGUAGCAGGAGGUCAAAUUUAUAAAUGCAAGGUGAGAACAAAUUAAACCAUUCAAGGUCAAGUUACCAGUAUCUACGUGUAUUGACAGGAUGUACGUUUUUA